AUGGUUGGAUCAACACUAAGUGCGGAUGAGAAGAAAAAGCUCAUUACGCGCAACCUGCAAGAGACGCUCGGCGAUGAUAAGCUAACAAAAAUACUGCAGGAGCGCGAUUUGAAGAUCUACUGGGGCACGGCGACGACGGGAAAGCCACAUGUCGCCUAUUUUGUGCCCAUGUCCAAGAUUGCGGACUUCUUGAAAGCCGGCUGUGAGGUGACAAUACUGUUUGCCGAUCUGCACGCCUAUUUGGACAACAUGAAGGCGCCGUGGCCGCUGCUCGAGCUGCGCACGAAAUACUACGAGCAGGUGAUCAAGGCGAUGUUGCGUUCCAUUGACGUUCCAUUGGAUAAGCUGAAGUUUGUAAAGGGCAGCGACUACCAGCUGUCCAAGGAGUACACGCUGGAUGUGUACAAACUGAGCUCUCUGGUCACCAUUCACGAUGCUAAGAAAGCCGGCGCCGAGGUGGUCAAACAGGUGGAAUUCCCACUGCUCUCCUGCCUGUUGUAUCCCGGUCUGCAAGGCUUGGAUGAGGAGUACUUAAAAGUGGAUGCACAAUUCGGUGGUGUGGAUCAGCGCAAAAUAUUCACAUUCUCCGAGAAGUAUUUGCCACAGCUUGGCUACGAGAAACGCAUACACUUUAUGAAUCCCAUGGUGCCUGGCCUGGCUGGUGGCAAGAUGUCUUCCUCCGAGGAGGACUCGAAGAUAGAUCUCCUCGACUCGCCGGCUAAUGUGAAGAAGAAGUUGAAGAAGGCUUUCUGCGAGCCGGGCAACAUUGCAGACAAUGGACUGCUCUCCUUUGUCAAGCACGUGCUCUUCUCGCUAUUUAAGGAGGGCGAGGGCUUUGAGAUCAAUCGUGCUGCGGACAACGGUGGCGAUAUUACCUUCUAUCAGUAUCCGGAGCUGGAGCAAUACUAUGCAGACAAUAAGCUGCAUCCGGGCGACCUGAAGGCCUCCGUGGAAAAGUACAUAAAUCGAUUACUGGAUCCCAUACGCAAGACCUUUGAGGAGCCCGAACUGAAAAAACUAACAGCUGCUGCCUAUCCGCCGCCCGCCAAGGUGAAAGGCAAUGCUGCGCCCGCUGCUGCAGGCGCUGAGGAGGAUGGACCACAUCGUCUGGACAUUCGAGUAGGCAAAGUCAUCGAGGUGGCUCGGCAUCCAGAUGCAGACACACUGUAUGUACUCAAAAUAGAUCUGGCAGAGGCGCAGCCACGCACCAUUAUAAGCGGCCUGGUCAAGUUUGUGACUGUGGAGGAGCUGGAUCAGCGACUGGUUGCAGUCCUCUGCAAUUUGAAGCCUUCCAAAAUGCGCGGUAUUUUGUCCGAGGGCAUGGUGCUCUGCACGUCCAACGCCGACCACACAGUUGUGGAGCCUAUUGUGUUGCCAGCAGCAGCUAAGCCCGGCAGUCGACUCUCCUUUGAGGGCUACAGCGGCACACCCGAUGAGCAGCUGAAUCCCAAGAAAAAGGUCUGGGAGAAACUCUCUGCCGACUUCAAAACGAAUGCCGAAGGCGUUGCUGUGUGGAAGAACAAUUUCCUGCUUACAACCGAGGGAGAGCAAUUGACCAGCAAAUUGGCCAAUUGCUCCAUUAAGUAAACCAAUCAUCCAGCUUACCUGAGCCGUGUAAUACUGUUAAACCAUUAACUAAGCCGACAAUUUACACAUGAUCACUAUCGAAAUGCAUUUUUGCAAUUUGCUUUUAUUGAGUUU